UGUGCAUAUCUGUACAGCUACAUCCACACAGACCACACACACGUGUUGAGCUACAGUGGGUCCGGUCCACGACACCAGUGUGGAUCAUCACAGUGGGAACAUGGAUCUGAUGAAGCAAGAUCUCACACGCACAUUUAUAAACGCACGUAGCUGGUACUAAACAAUCUGCCCGAGCCAACCAGAACCUCCAUCAGUCAUCUGGAGCCCUCAUCAAAGUUUCCCCAGCGGGAGGGGCCAAGUGUUUUGUCUCCAGAGGCGCAGAUCAGCCUGUUUCUGCUUCAGAGGAGCGAGGACGCACACGGAGCGGUGAAAAGUGUCAAGAUGCCACACAAGAAGAGAAGCCACGGUCACCACAAACACCCGCAGGAGGAGAAGGAGAAGGAGAAGGAGGCCCAGGAGUCGCUGCCUAACCAGGCCGCACCCAAACCAGCGGCUCAGGUCUCCACUGCGAAGCCGGCCCAGUUCGAGAAGGCAUCAUCAGGAUCUGCCAUGGCUACAAAGCCUGGGGGGGUUACCGCAGCAACAGGCGGAGCCACAGGAAGUGGUGUCACGGCAGCAGGAAGUGCUUCGUUUAAGGCCAAACCAGAGACUAACACUACGCCGAGGGGUGCUACUGUUAUUGACAUGUCGUCCGCUGGGGCUGCUGUUGUUGACAUGACGUCAGUAGGGGCGAGGGGCGGUCCUCAAGCGAUGCCAAAGACGGCACCUGUCUCCCAAGUCAGAGCUUCAGUUCCUUCUCCUGCCACUGGAACAGCUGCAGCCGCUGGCACGGCAGUGACCGCUGCUGUGACCAAACCUAAAGUGUCGCCCAAAGUCACAGCCAAGAGUACCAUCGGCACCACAACAGUCAAAGCUGAUGUGUCUAAAGCUGCAGCAGCCUCGGUUGUGCAGGGGAAGAAAGGAGAAGCUAAACCUCCACAAACGAAGGUACAGGUGGAGGUUCCUUCCACAGCAGCUAAAGUCAAAGAGGCACCUGCAGUGGAUCCAUUCGAUGCCCUGGCCAGCAUACUACCAUCCGCUGAUUCUAUCGUGCCCCAACAGCCGGUGUACACCGGGCCAGAGGUCAAAGAGCAUGGCGUCACCUCUGAGAAGGGUCACAAGUGUGGAGAAAGAGACGACACGCUGCCUCCAGGCUACAGAUUUAAAGAUAUGGCUCCGGGUCCUGCUGAUGUGAAACCCAUGGACGUCCCUAAACCAAUGAACACAGAUGAGGCCCUGGAUGCCCUCUCCAUUGGAUUCAUGACUUCUCCUGCUUUACCUGCAUCCAAGAAGCAAGAGAGUACAGCCCAUGUUGACACGGUCUGUGCAGCAUCUGCUGGGCCGGCAAACUUUGCACCACCUCCUGUAAAGAAAGGUGAACGUCCUGCAGCUGCUCCUCCGGCUGAUAAGAAAGCCAAGAUGGAGAAAGUCUCAGACGAUUUCUCUCUGGAGUCUGUGCUUUCCUCUGCUCCGACCACGAAAGCAGCUGCUCCUGUGGCUGUGUGUACUGCUCCUCCCGCUGAUAAAAAAGCCAAGAUGGAGAAACCUGUGGUCACCAAGCCCAAGGCUGAUGAGGGUGCAUCAAUGUCUCUGGACGCUCUCAGUGCUCUAAGCGACUCGUUGCCGGCAGCAGCACCGAAACCUGAAUCCCCCAAACUCAGGCCUGAGGACAUUGUCUCGGAGGACAAACUGAAGAAGGAGAAGGGUGUGCGUGUAGGAGAAAGGGAGGACACACUUCCUCCAGAGUACAGGUUUAAUAAGGAGAAGCUGGAAAAACUGCCUGCUCCUAAACCUGAGCCCACCAUGGCCCCAGGUGACGCUCUGGACUUUUUGUCUGGAGACUUCAUGACGUCCUCAGCAGCUCCGUCAGUCCAGGCUCCUGUUCCCCCCCGCUCAGCUCCUGCACAGAAAGCUCCUGCCGUUCCUCCGGUGGCUGGGCGUCCUGCCAAGAUGGAGAGAGUCUCUCAGGACACUGUACUAUCAGCUUCAACAGCUAAGAAAGUUGAAUCCGCUGCACUUCCCCCUGCUGAUAAGAAAGGAAAAGUAGAGAAAGCCCCUGCUAAAAAGGACACCACUGAUGACAAGCUCCAGACUACUCCGGGCGACUCCAUGUCUCUGGACGCUCUCAGUGCUCUCUGCGACACGUUGCCAGAAGACGCACCAAAACCUGAAGCCCCCAAACUCAGACCUGAGGACAUCGUCGCGGAGGACAAACUGAAGAAGGAGAAGGGUGUGCGUGUAGGAGAAAGGGAGGACACACUUCCUCCAGAGUACAGGUUUAAUAAGGAGAAGCUGGAAAAACUGCCUGCUCCUAAACCUGAGCCCACCAUGGCCCCAGGUGAGGCUCUGGACUUUUUGUCUGGAGACUUCAUGACGUCCUCAGCAGCGCCGUCAGUCCAGGCUCCUGUUCCCCCCCGCUCAGCUCCUCCUGCACAGACCAAAGUUGAGGAUUUGUCAGCUCUGGAUUUUCUCGCUGGAGACUUUGUGUCUCCAGCUAAAGCUUCUGGAGUUAAGGCGGCCGCCCCUCCUUCUUUCAGGAGGGCACCAGAGAUUACAGUGUGUCCUAUAGAGCAACCCACCCCCGUCCAACAGAAACAGGAACAACCCAAGACAGUAACCGGCGACUCCAUGUCUCUGGACGCUCUCAGUGCUCUCUGCGACACGUUGCCAGAAGACGCACCAAAACCUGAAGCCCCCAAACUCAGACCUCAGGACAUCGUCGCGGAGGACAAACUGAAGAAGGAGAAGGGUGUGCGUGUAGGAGAAAGGGAGGACACACUUCCUCCAGAGUACAGGUUUAAUAAGGAGAAGCUGGAAAAACUGCCUGCUCCUAAACCUGAGCCCACCAUGGCCCCAGGUGAGGCUCUGGACUUUUUGUCUGGAGACUUCAUGACGUCCUCAGCAGCUCCGUCAGUCCAGGCUCCUGUUCCCCCCCGCUCAGCUCCUCCUGCAAAGCCCUCUGCAGACUUUGCUCUUGAUGCCUUGGCAGGAGACUUUGUUAGCACCACUGCUGCUCCGAUAGUGAAGUCUGCUGCUUGUGCUCCCACGGAGGCUGAUCCGCAGCUGGCAGCAGGAGCAGACAGUGCCAUGGAUGCUCUGUCCAACACCUUGAAGGAUAUCACACCCAUCCCUCAGCCCGCCCCGCUUCCUACCAAAGACAUUGUGAAGGAGAAAAAGGUUGUGGAGGAGAGGUUGAUUAAGAUGGGAGAGCGAGAUGACUCUCUGCCGCCAGAAUAUCGACUCACUGAGGAAGAUCUUAAGAAAAUGGCAGAAGAAAAGGCAAAAGCAGCUGCAGCACCCAAGGAGAAGGGCAUGGAUGAUGCUACAGCCUUUGACCUGCUGUCCAGUGAUUUCUCUGCUGCUCCUAAACCUGCUGCUCCGGUCAAAUCAUCUGCAGCCACGACAAAGCUGGAAGCUCCUGCGCAGGACUCAAAGCCACUGAAGCCAAUGGCCGCUCCUGUUCUGGACUCCCUGGCGGACACCUUGCUCCCAGACGCCAAAGAGUUCAAAUCCAAAACAGACCAACCAAAACCAAAGGGCAAGAGCAAGUCAAAGUCAAAGUCCAAAAAACAUCAUGCAGAGGAGCCACCUGCCACUGACCUGUCAUCAGCUCAGCUAAGCUCAGACGUUGUGUCAACAUCUUCAAAGAAGGGAGGCAAGAGCUAGACCACCUUGUAAGGUGGUCGGUGCCUUUUGUCCUCGAGGGACGCAGGGACGCAUCAGUGUGGGGUCUGCUCUGUGGAUAAUUGUUCUAUUUUUCUAAAUCGUCAAGAAUGUACAUUGGAUGAAAGACAAACCUAGACAUGCCCAUAACACACACAUGCACACACACACACACACACACACACACACACACACACACACACACACACACACACACACACACCUCUGCGUGUAGUGCCUUUCUUGUUCGGUUUCACAUGUGUUGUUGGAUGAGGAGCUUUUGGUUUCUGUCUCUGCAGAAAGUGACUUUUUUGAAACAUGGAUGGAUAUAAAGAACGAGCGAAGAAAAGAAACAGAAAGAGGGUAAACUGGGGAAAGAGAGGAGGUUAAGGCACGUUAAAAAAAAGUUUGUUUUGCUGGUUGCUGUGUUGAGUGUGCUGAUGGAAGGAAAGUGUUGCGUUUGCAUCUCAGCUGACAGUUUCCAUUUUUCCAAAGAUGCACAGAUAUAUCAAAAACACACCGGUUAUCUAAACCUGGUGGUAUAUUGGAGUGGUGGUGACUGUCAGCUCGAGUGGGAGAAGUAUGUAGGGGGUUUAUAGUAUCGGGAUGUUUGUGCAAUCUUGUUGUACACAGAAAAGUCAAGUUUUUUAUCACCAAGUGGUCAGAUGCCAAUAAGACACUAGUGUACAGCUUCGUCUGCGUAUAUUUUGGACAGCACGUAGUUUACAUGAUUAAAUAUGUGGAGGAUUCACGGGAGGUGUUCUGCUUAAUUCUGUAUCUGAGAGCUUCUUUGCAAAUGCCUUUUACUUUCUGUAGAGAAAUAUCUGUCAAGAGAAGAAGGGUCUUUUUUUCUUUUGUGUUCGGCCUUGCAUUAAAAAAACAUUACUGGUGUCCUGAAGAGCACUUAGUGAACCGAGGUGGUUACAAGUGUGAACUGCCAUUUUGUAUACUGUAAAAAAAGAUUUUUGUUCUGUAUAAGACAACACUGUAUAAUUUACAAAAGGCUUUCAGCUGUAAAUCACUAUAAUUUCCCCAAGGUAAUUUUUUUCUUCCUGACACAGGUUUUGUUGUGUGGGUAUGUGUCAAAAGUUAUAAGAGGUAUUUUAGAUGUGGGAAUACUAACUAAAUAAAAUAAAUCUAAAGUUUUAGAUUUAGAAUGUGUAGUUAUUAUAUGAGAGUUUGGUUUUUACAAUUUGCACAAAAGUAAGCAUGAAGUGCCUUAAAAAGCUAAACAUAGCAGGAAAAAUAUAUCAAAUCAGUAAACAAUUAUAUUUUCUUACAGGUGCAAGGGAACUAUUUGUAUGUAUUCAACAGAAUGGGAACAGAAUCUCUUUUUAAAAUAUUUUUCUCUCUCUCUUCUCGAAUUAGUUUUUUUUUUGUUUCACUUUGCUUGGUUGUAGCCCACUUCCUUCUCACUCAGGGGGCUAGACAACUAAAAAACAUGUCUAUCGCUCAAACUUUAUAUUUUUGUGCCAAGAACCUGAAUGACUGAUGGUGGAUGCAAAUGAGUGGGUUUGUUGUGUAAAAUAAAGAAAAAUACGAAACGUAAAUAAAGAGAAAUGCAAGUCA